UCGCGGCGCUCGCUGAGGCCAUGCCUGGUUCCCGACGCGUCCGUCCGCGCCUAAGGGCGCUGCUGCUGCUGCCGCCGCUGCUGCUGCUCCGGGGAGGCCACGCGGGCGACCUGACCGUGGCUGUGGUGCUGCCGCUGACCAACACCUCGUACCCAUGGUCCUGGGCGCGUGUAGGGCCGGCCGUGGAACUGGCUCUCGGGCGGGUGAAGGCUCGGCCGGACUUGCUGCCGGGUUGGACGGUCCGCAUGGUGCUGGGCAGCAGCGAGAACGCGGCGGGCGUCUGCUCCGACACCGCCGCACCGCUGGCCGCGGUGGACCUCAAGUGGGAGCACAGCCCCGCAGUGUUCCUGGGCCCCGGCUGCGUGUACUCCGCUGCCCCGGUGGGGCGCUUCACCGCGCACUGGCGGGUGCCACUGCUGACCGCCGGCGCCCCGGCUCUGGGAAUCGGGGUGAAGGAUGAGUACGCGCUAACCACUCGCACAGGACCCAGCCAUGUCAAGCUGGGCGACUUCGUGACGGCGCUGCAUCGACGGCUGGGCUGGGAGCACCAGGCGCUGGUGCUCUAUGCAGAUCGGCUGGGCGACGACCGGCCGUGCUUCUUCAUAGUGGAGGGGCUGUACAUGCGGGUGCGUGAGCGCCUCAACAUCACAGUGAAUCAUCAGGAGUUCGUCGAGGGCGACCCGGACCACUACACCAAGCUACUGCGGACCGUGCAGCGCAAGGGCAGAGUUAUCUACAUCUGCAGUUCUCCGGAUGCCUUCAGGAAUCUGAUGCUCCUGGCCCUGGAUGCUGGCCUAACUGGGGAGGACUAUGUUUUCUUCCACCUGGAUGUGUUUGGGCAAAGCCUUCAGGGAGCUCAGGGCCCUGUUCCCAGGAAGCCCUGGGAAAGAGAAGAUGGGCAGGAUGGCAGAGCCCGCCAGGCCUUUCAGGCUGCCAAAAUUAUUACUUACAAAGAGCCCGAUAAUCCUGAGUACUUGGAAUUCCUGAAGCAGCUAAAACUCUUGGCUGAGAAGAAGUUCAACUUCACCAUGGAGGAUGGCCUGAAAAAUAUCAUCCCAGCAUCCUUCCAUGACGGGCUCCUGCUCUAUGUCCAGGCAGUGACAGAGACUCUGGCACAGGGGGGCACUGUCACUGACGGAGAGAACAUCACUCAGCGGAUGUGGAACCGAAGCUUCCAAGGUGUGACAGGAUACCUGAAAAUUGAUAGAAAUGGAGACCGGGACACUGAUUUCUCCCUCUGGGAUAUGGAUCCAGAGACUGGUACCUUCAGGGUUGUCCUGAACUUUAAUGGUACCUCCCAGGAGCUGAUGGCUGUGUCAGAACACAGAUUAUACUGGCCUCUGGGAUACCCACCUCCUGACAUCCCUAAAUGUGGCUUUGACAAUGAGGACCCAGCCUGCAACCUAGACCACUUUUCCACACUGGAGGUUCUGGCUUUGGUGGGCAGCCUCUCUCUGAUUAGCUUUCUGAUUGUGUCUUUCUUCAUAUACAGGAAGAUGCAGCUGGAAAAGGAGCUGGUGUCAGAGUUGUGGCGGGUGCGCUGGGAGGACUUGCAGCCCAGCAGCCUGGAGAGGCACCUUCGGAGCGCUGGCAGCCGGCUGACCCUGAGUGGGCGAGGCUCCAAUUAUGGCUCCCUGCUAACCACGGAGGGCCAGUUCCAAGUUUUUGCCAAGACAGCAUACUACAAGGGCAACCUCGUAGCUGUGAAACGUGUGAACCGGAAACGCAUUGAGUUGACACGGAAAGUCCUGUUUGAACUUAAACAUAUGCGGGAUGUGCAAAAUGAGCACUUGACCAGAUUUGUGGGUGCUUGUACCGACCCUCCCAACAUCUGUAUCCUCACAGAAUACUGUCCCCGUGGGAGCCUACAGGACAUUCUAGAGAAUGAGAGUAUUACCCUGGACUGGAUGUUUCGGUAUUCACUCACCAAUGACAUUGUCAAGGGAAUGCUCUUUCUACACAACGGGGCCAUUUGUUCCCAUGGGAACCUCAAGUCAUCUAACUGCGUGGUAGAUGGACGUUUUGUGUUAAAGAUCACAGACUACGGGCUCGAGAGCUUCAGAGACCCGGAGCCAGAGCAAGGACACACCCUCUUUGCCAAAAAACUGUGGACGGCACCUGAGCUCCUGCGAAUGGCUUCACCACCUGCUCGUGGCUCCCAAGCUGGGGAUGUCUACAGCUUUGGUAUCAUCCUUCAGGAGAUUGCCCUAAGAAGUGGGGUCUUCUAUGUAGAAGGUUUGGACCUCAGCCCAAAAGAGAUCAUUGAGCGUGUGACUCGGGGCGAGCAGCCCCCAUUCCGACCCACCAUGGAUCUGCAGAGCCACCUGGAGGAACUGGGGCAGCUGAUGCAGCGGUGCUGGGCAGAGGAUCCACAGGAACGGCCACCUUUUCAACAGAUCCGCCUGGCGCUGCGCAAGUUCAACAAGGAGAACAGCAGCAACAUCCUGGACAACCUGCUAUCACGCAUGGAACAGUACGCCAACAACCUGGAGGAACUGGUAGAGGAGAGAACACAGGCUUAUCUGGAGGAGAAGCGCAAAGCUGAGGCCUUGCUUUACCAGAUUCUGCCUCACUCUGUGGCUGAGCAGCUGAAGAGAGGCGAGACAGUCCAGGCUGAGGCCUUUGAUAGUGUUACUAUCUACUUCAGUGAUAUCGUGGGCUUUACAGCUCUUUCAGCAGAGAGCACACCCAUGCAGGUGGUGACCCUGCUCAAUGAUCUGUACACCUGUUUUGAUGCUGUCAUAGACAACUUUGAUGUGUACAAGGUGAGGUUAUGGGUAGAGCUAGGAAAGACAGGCAGACAUGGACAGUCAGAAAGUGUGCAGAGGGAUACUCUGAAACAAACAAAACAAAACAAAACAAGGCCAUGCUGUACGCCCCCUCGGGAGCUGGCCCUCAGGAUCCACUUAUCUUCGGAGACCAAGGCUGUGCUGGAAGAGUUCGACGGUUUUGAGCUGGAGCUCCGAGGCGACGUGGAAAUGAAGGGCAAAGGCAAGGUUCGAACCUAUUGGCUCCUCGGGGAGCGGGGAUGCAGCACUAGAGGCUGACCUACUACCCUGCUGUUCCUUGUCACCUCCCCUCCCUGAGCCAGCGAUGACACAGGUUCCUGUGCCAGCUUCCGCUUCUCCCACAGCAGCCCGGCCACUGUGGAAAGAUUAGGGACCUGACCAGCGCAGUCACCAGAUGUGACCUCUGAGAGAGGAUGGAGAUGGUGGGGACUGGAGGGGAACCCUUAAGUUUAUAGGGCUGACUGAAAUACCCAGUCACUCCCAUAGCACAUGCCCUGCCCUUAACCCCACUCCACUCAGCUGCCUAGAAGUGGACAGUGAUUCCUUCUCUGCCCUCAACUUAGCUCCACUGCGACUUAGAGGGAGGGAAAUUGCCACCUGAAGGAAAGAGAGAAACAGAUUCUCUGGGGUUUGCAGGAGGCAGGCAGUCCUGUGUCACAAAUACUCCCCUCACUCCAGUCCACCACCUGCCCCACCACUUCCCUUCCCACACAGUGCACUGGGGAGAAGAAAGGCUUGGGGUCGCCUUGCUUCUAUGAGCAAAACCCAUUAAAGUCUUUAUUCCUGUGACACAGUCUUUUCUUGGGAGAGAGAGGGUUUCUGGGAGACAGUCUUUCUCUACCCUCUGCUUCCAAAAGAGUUACCUUCAACUUUGUUUCUUUGUUAUUGUUGUUGUUACAAAUUUUAGGUUUUUGGUUUUUUUU